AUGCCGCAACUCCGCAACAAAUCCCUUUGGCUCGGUAGCGGGCUCCUUUGGAACGCACCGGCCGUCUGGAUCGAAGAGGACGACUUGCGUGGCUUCGACCCUUCGAAGCUAUGUCCGACAACGAAUCCGAGAGCUUCUACUUGUGACAGCGUGCUGAGGAAUGAGGAAGUGAGCGACCUUUCGAACCCUGACGUUACCACGAAGUAUCGGACGGCCGCAGACAUCGUGAACAAGGCACUGCAGAAAGUUGUAGACGCUUGUGUGCCCGAUGCGGAUGUUGUCAUGCUUUGCGACAUGGGGGACAAGAUCAUGGAGGAAGAGACGGGUAAGCUGUACAACAAGAAGGACAAAGAAGGCAAGAAGAUGGAGAAGGGCGUGGCCUUCCCUACGUGCAUUUCCGUGAACGAGAUCGUGGGGCACUUCUCGCCGCUCCGGGGCGAGUCCAGGCAACUGAAGCCUGGCGACGUUGCCAAGAUCGAUUUGGCGUGUCACAUCGAUGGCUUCAUCGCCUCUGCCGCUCACACCAUAAUCGUGGGAGGAGAGAAGGUCACCGGCAAGCAGGCCGAUGUCGUCAUGGCCGCUUGGAACGCUGCAGAGGCUGCAUUGCGGUUGGUGCAGGUCGGCAACAGGAAUACGCAGGUGACUGAGGCUUUUGCCAAGAUCGCCGAGGACUUCAAGGUCAAGCCCAUGCAAGGGGUUCUCUCCCACCAGCUGAAGAAGCACGUUAUUGACGGGAACCGCACCAUCAUCUGCGCCGAGACUCCGGAAGAGAAGGUUGAGGAGUUUGAGUUCGAACUGAACGAGGUAUACAGCAUCGAUGUCGUCAUGUCCACCGGCGAAGGUAAAGGAAAAGAGACUGAGCUCAGAAAUACCGUCUACAAGCGAGCGGUUGAAAAUAUGUAUAGCCUCAAGACGCAGAAGGCUAGGCAGUUCAUCUCGGAGGUGAAUCGACGAUUUCCUGCUUUGCCGUUCACUUUGCGGGCCAUUGAAGACGAACAGGUGGCCCGAGUGGGCGUCUCCGAGGCGAAGCGGCACGAGCUUCUCGACGAGCCGCGGCCUUUUUGA